ACGGAUGCUAGCUAAAUUAGCGCUGCCGUUUGUUUUGUGCAGAGCACGCGCACACCGCUACAGAGACUUGAGCCGUCGACCUAGCGUAUAGUUGAUAUAUUUAUUACCGUCAUUAUAAUCGUGGGCUUAUUUUCACUAUGCCGUAUGCCAACCAGCCUACAGUAAAAAUCACAGAGCUAUCAGACGAGAAUGUGAAGUUUGUGAUCGAGAACACCGAUCUCGCGGUGGCAAAUUCUAUUCGACGUGUGUUCAUGUCAGAGGUUCCAACCAUCGCUAUCGAUUGGAUUCAGAUUGAUGCCAACUCUUCUGUGCUCCAUGAUGAGUUUAUUGCUCACAGAGUGGGGUUGAUUCCACUUACAAGUGAUGAUAUUGUCGACAAGAUGCAGUACUCAAGGGACUGCACAUGUGAUGAUUUCUGUCCGGAGUGUUCGGUUGAGCUCACACUUGAUGUCAGAUGCACAGAGGAUCAGACACGACAUGUGACCUCUCGGGAUCUCCUUUCCAAUAACCCCAGAGUCAUCCCUGUAACAUCCAGAAGUCGAGACAAUGAUCCCAAUGACUACGUAGAGCAAGAUGACAUCCUGUUGGUGAAACUGCGGAAGGGCCAAGAGUUGCGUCUCAGAGCGUAUGCUAAAAAGGGUUUUGGCAAGGAACACGCCAAGUGGAACCCUACUGCAGGGGUGGCCUUUGAGUAUGAUCCAGACAAUGCACUGAGACACACCGUGUACCCCAUUCCACAGGAAUGGCCUAAAAGUGAAUAUUCAGAGAUUGAAGAGGAUGAGAAGGUUCAAGCUCCAUAUGAUCCUAACGGCAAGCCAGAAAAGUUCUAUUAUAACGUAGAGUCCUGCGGUUCACUCCGGCCAGAGACUAUCGUCAUGUCUGCUUUUGCUGUGCUAAAGAAGAAACUGAGUGAUCUGCAAACACAGCUCAGCCAUGAAAUUCAGAGCGACGUGCUCACCAUUAACUGAAGUUCAGUUGCCAAAAUGUACAAUACUGCUUUUUUCUAUUUAGAUUAGAGGAAUGUAUGGGGAUAUAUAUAUAUAUAUAUAUAUAUAUAUAUAUAUGUUCAGCUGUUAUUUGUUUUUUCUUUGAAACCAUGUUAUGAAGUCUGGAGAAUUCUAUUGAUAAUAAAC